AUGAUUCGAGUUGGUAUUCCAGAAAAAUUAAUGCAACUAUUGGAUCAGGCAUGUGUUUCUAAAAGUUACAAAAAUUCACAUGGAUGUGAAAUUUCCAGUGAGAAAUUGAAUUUACUUUGCAUACAGUCAAUUAGAACACUAAGUUCCAUAGCAUCUAGGCCUAAUCAAUCAGAAUAUUUAGUUUCAUUAGGCUGCAUUCCAAUGAUCAAUUCUCUAUUGAAAAAUUCUUUAUUGAAUUCAGUUAUAAUAUAUGAAUGUUCUAAAUUAUUGUCUAUUCUCAUUUCUGAUUCAUUUUCAGUGAGAUUGCAAAUUUUGGAGGAAGUUUUACCAACAUUAUUGAACCAUUUGAAUAAUUGCGAGAGAAUUCCAAUGGAAAUUGUAAAAUGGGAAACAGAGUUAUUGGCUGGUUUUAUGAGAAAGAAGGAAAAACUUCCUGUUGAAUAUUUGAAAAUAAUGUUGCCUACUGUUGGCAAAUUAUUGUUGGCACUUGACACUUCUGAUGUUGGUUUUUUAACACAGAUUAUGUUUUGUCUGAGUGCUAUUACGAGUGAAGCUGAACUAGUUCCAAUAUUUAUGGAAAUGAAUUUAACGAAUCGAAUUAUAUCUUUAUGUCGUAACCAGGAUUAUUUGAAUCUCUUAAUAGUAAUUCAAUUUCAUGUCAAGGAAGUUUGUUGGUAUAUUUCCUUUUUUAUUUCCAAGAAUUUCAUCAAAGAGUUGAAAGAAUCCGAGUUGGUUCCAUGGCUAUUUGAUUCCAUUCUCAAAAAAGUGGAAAAUCUUCCAGCAAAAUCAGAAAUGAUUACCAGCAUUAUAGAUUGGUGCAAGGAUGUCACAAAUGUGGAGAUAAUGAACUAUUUAUUGGAAAUGAAUAUUGUCCAAGUGAUAGGUGAAGAAAUUAGAGAAAAUUAUGUAUUGAGAGGAAUGUGUGGAAAAGUUUUAUUGCAAUUCCUGAAAUUCAACAAGGAAAAAGUAUCACUCUUAAUGAAUAAUUUUGAAAUAAUUGAAUUGGAAGAUUUACAUUAUCAACGUGAAAGAUAUGAUAAUAGAAAGAGAGUGGAAUACUAG